UUGCCUUCUCUGUUGCCCCCAUGGCCGAUGGUUAAUUCAGGCUUCUUACCCAAGAUCAUACCCAAACGGCCUCAAGCGCAGAAGAGAGCAGAUUUAUCAAUGCCUCAGGCAUCCCACAUCUCUCUAAAAAAACCCACAAAUUGUGCUAUUUAUUAAUAUCAAUACAAUCUGCAAAGUUAUCGCCUCCGGCCUCCCCCUCCUCUCUCUCUUUAUUAUUCUAACACAAUCAUGACCAGAGAGGGUUUUUGGUUUGAGAAGUUUUAGGUGGAGCCAGCUGUUGAUGACUUGAUGUAGAAAUACGGACAAUCAAGCUGUAACGGACACCCAUGGCAGCUCAAGGAAGUUAUGGAAGUGAAAUUGUCGGAUAUAUUUGUCAUCAAAAGUGAAAUUGUCCAAAAAAGGUGAGAACCAUUUUGGAAUGCUGGUUGCCAAUUUGGUGUAUGGUGUAGCUGUAAUGGAAAAAUAACUACGGGACCCUCAUCCACUGCGGGAUUCGAUUAUUGUAAGUGGACCGUACUACCAGCUCUCUGGAUCCUUGCCCCAGUUGAUGGAAAGGUGAUAACCCACCCUAUGCUUGAUAUUAUUGAGCUCCAUUUCGUCACUGAAGUCGAUUCUUCGGUCCCACCGAAAGUGGAAAACGACCUCAUUUUUUUCCAGUUCCUUUGAUUUUGCCUUGUUAAUAUAAACCCAGAAGAAUCAAAGCCAAGUGCAUUCAACUUUUUCUCUUGAUACUGUAUCUCUUCAAUAUGGGAGUCAAAAUACUCCGGCUUUUGCUAUUGUCCUUCAUUGUUGUACUCCCAAGCUUGGCUUUUGCUUAUGGGUUUGAUGGAGAUGGUGAAGAAAAUGUCAAGAGAUCUGAUUUCCCAAAUGGGUUCCUCUUUGGGACAGGCACAUCAUCUUAUCAGGUAGAAGGAGCAUAUCUUGAAGAUGGCAAGGGUCUCAGCAACUGGGAUGUUUUUGCUCAUAUUCCUGGAAACAUAGUGAACAAUGACAAUGGAGAUGUAGCAGACGACCAUUACCAUCGCUUCUUGGAAGAUAUUGACCUGAUGCAUUCUCUUGGUACAAAUGCAUACCGGUUGUCGAUUUCAUGGAGCAGAAUCUUACCCAGAGGAAGAUUUGGGGAAGUUAAUCCAAGUGGGAUCAAGUUCUAUAACAAAAUCAUAGACAAUCUCUUGAGCAAGGGAAUAGAGCCAUUUGUGACUCUGCACCACCAUGACUUACCACAAGAACUGCAGGAUAGAUAUGGAUCCUGGCUCAGCCCUCAAAUGCAGAAAGAUUUUGUUUAUUAUUCUGAAAUUUGUUUCAAAAAUUUCGGGGAUCGAGUUAAGUACUGGAUAACCAUCAAUGAACCAAAUCUAUUCGUAGAUUUUGCCUACAUUAGGGGUUGGUAUCCACCAGGUCAUUGUUCAGCUCCUUUUGGAAAUUGUUCAGAGGGCAAUUCUGAUGUAGAGCCCCUCAUUGUCAUGCACAAUAUGUUACUGGCACAUGCCAAGGCUGUUAAGUUAUACCGUGAACAUUUUCAGCUAACACAAGGUGGUUCCAUUGGAAUAAUUACAAAUUCGCCCAUGUAUGAACCGCUGAGAGAUGAUGAAGCUGACAGGCAAGCUGUCAGUAGAGGCUUAGCUUUUAAUAUAGCCUGGGUGUUGGAUCCUUUGAUACGUGGAGAUUAUCCCCAGGAAAUGCGCCAUUACCUUGGGAGUUCAUUACCAGCGUUCUCCUUGGAAGAAAAUGAGUAUGUUAAAGGCAGCAUUGAUUUUAUUGGCGUCAACCAUUAUCAAACUCUGUAUAUCAAGGACUGCAUCUACUCUGCUUGCACCUCAGGCUAUGAUCGCCCUAUACGAGGUUUCGUCUACACAACAGGAGAACGCGAUGGCGUUCCAAUUGGAGAAAGGACUGCAAAUCCCAGGUUCUUCGUUGUUCCAAGGGGCAUGGAGAAUAUUAUUAACUAUGUCAGGGAAAGAUACAAUAAUUUUCCAAUGUUUGUGACUGAAAAUGGAUAUGCUCCUCCAAAGCAGCAAAACGAGCAAUUUCAAGACCUGCUGCUCGAUGUCAAGCGAAUCAGUUUCCAUAAAGCUUACCUUGCCGCUUUAGCUAGGGCGAUAAGGAAUGGUGCUGAUGUACGUGGAUAUUUUAUAUGGAGCUUGAUGGACAAUUUAGAAUGGAAAGAUGGUUACAGCAUGAGAUUCGGACUCUACUACGUUGAUCGCCAAACACUUCAAAGGAUGCCAAAACAAUCUGUUAGAUGGUAUGGCGACUUCCUCACCAAUGGCACCAGUCAACACAUAAGUUCUUUCAAAAACAAAAAUUUCUUAUCCACCCGAUCAUCAAAACUUAGACCGGCUGAAAAAUACUGAAUUUAUUGUAUACUCUGCCAUUUCCUCAUUUUGAAUCCCGGAGUUUACGCUCCUGUUUAAUAAAGUCAACCUUCUUGUUUUCUGACUAAAGGAAUGAUGUCAAAAGGUUAAACUUCCUGGCAACCUGACCCAAAUAAGACACUAUAAAUUAGAUGAAUAUUUUCGGGUACAAGUCAACCAAACUUGUACUGAAAGGAAGAGGAACUAAAGUAGAGAACUGGAAGAAUCUUGUUUCCAGAUUUUACUUUGACAAACAGAAACAAGACCGUGAGUCUUGGUAAAACUUUUGUGUAACUAUUGUAAUACAAUGCGUUUAUUGUAUGUACACGACAAAUGUUAGAUUUACUGUAGCUGAGAAUGGUAGUUAACUACUGGUAAAUGUACAUAUCCAGGAUGGUAGUGGUGUUACUUCAUUGUAGUGCAAAUAGAAUUUUGCAUUGGAUAUUGUAGGAAAUGCAAGGGUGAGAGCGUUUGAAAGGAGUAUGAGGGUUGGAGCAGAGAUAGUGAUGGCAAUGGUGGGUCUAUGGGCAGUUUAUCUGAGGCCAGUGAUUUUGAGGCAUGCAGCAGAGAUGGCAAGAGUUUUGGGUUACUAGAUCACAAGAGGCAAUUCUUCUUCUGUUCUUUCUGCUACUGCUUAUGUUCCUUACUCAAGAUCUUUUCAUUUUUAUUGAGGAGAAGUAACAGAAAAGAGCUUGUUCUAUCAUG